CUCCGGCCGGCCCUUACACCUCCACGCGCGCACGCGCGCGCACGCACAUGCACGCGCCCUUGCACGCGCACACCGCCCGGGCCUCCCUGCCGGAGAAGCCGGAGAAGCGGGAGAAGCGGAGGCCCCGGGCACCAGUGACUGACCGCAGGGGAGGGGGAGCUGAGAGAGCCCCACGGAGCCUGCAGUCCCAGGAAAUCCGAACGCCUGCUUUCAGGGCCCCGAAGCCCACCGAGAUCCUCCUUGGAGGUCACGUGAAGGGGAGCCUGAAAGUGAAAACCCAGGUCUGGGAGCAUCAGGAGCCUUCCAGGACCACCGUCCAAGGACAGGCAAUCCUGUCCGAAUUUCCAUCAAGUCCAUCAUGUCCCGGGAGGCCGCUUGGUUUCCGGUGGCUUCGCCUGAUUCCUUCCUGCUUCAGAGCAGCAGGUUCCAGGAACUGCAUCAGAACACCGCUGAGAAAUCUGACCCCGCCCUCAGCUUCACGGCAUCUAGAACUAUGGGUACCACCAAAGGCACAGAAGAGAAAUGGCUUGUGCUGGACAGAGAUUCUCUGGUGUCAAAUCUUUAUCAAAGGCUUCCUAGAUCCAGGUGGAGUGAGAACUUCGAGUUCCUAAGCCCAGCCGCUGGCCCAGUUGGGCGAGUGGCUCCCUUGGCUACCUCCAGGACAAGCGGAGGAACGUUUUGGAAUGGAAGAAUGCAUUGGCUUAGAAUCUGCAGGGAGGAAGUGACCUCGUCUGCCCAUCCCACGGUCGUACCACAGAGCGAGCUCGGGAAUAAAGAUUAAAUUCGACUUGUUUCAA